AUGCCUUUUGGAGCAAGGUCACGGUGGCCACAGAGAAAUAUGGGUACAGACACCUUUCUCAGAAAUGCUAUCUUGUCUCUCAAUAGUGCUCGACUGGUGAAUGCUCUAUUUAGUAUAUUGACAUGUCUUGAAGUCAUGUCUGUUACACUGCUUGCCUAUGACUUCCUGCUGACCUUCAUUGAUGAAGUCCGGCUUAUCUGGCCAGCAAAGUGGAACAUGGGUAAAGUCAUGUUCUUUCUCACUCGGUACCCAGUGUUCUUGGAAGUUAUAUCUAUUCUUAUCCGCAUUAUGUACCCUAAUUUUCGGCCCACUCUGUGCAAGCCAAUUUAUCAGGCAGGGGCUUGGGCAAUGCUUAUGGGAGUCAUUGUUGCAGAAACUAUAAUGAUGAUGCGAGUGUAUGCAAUUUGGGGAGCAAAGAAGAAUGUCCUUGUAUUUCUGGUCAUUCUCAACCUUAGGUAUCUACAAUCACUGAUUUUCUUAAUCAAGAUCUUCCUUGCAGUGGUGUCCUCAGCAAAUCUGCUUGUUGUCAUAUUAGCAACUGUUGAACUCUCUGGACUACUACUAAGGUUUCAGCGUGCACUCCAUGCUGUACUUACUGCUCGCAUGCUCAUGCAUAUUCGGGAUGCUGUUGAACCCGUCACUUAUUCUGACAUAUCUAACAUGUCUUUCGGUGCUGAUUUGAAAAAAAGGUCAGAUUCCAAAACUGUCUCAAACAUAGAGUUUGGAGAACCCGAGGCAACAAAUUUCAGUAACCUCGUUGGUUCCGAGGUACAGAUCCAACCUGAACAAAGUAUCCUCCAGGAAUUGCAUCAAGUGGUCAAAGGACCUUCCUAA